AUGACGGUGGUCCGUCUGUGCCGGAAGGAUCAACCACCGGAGGUGGGAAAGAGUCUUGUACCGAGCUAUUUUGCUGGUCGUCGCGGAAAGAGGGGGCUGGAGAGCACGGCGGUGAAGGAACUCCAUCUUGAUUCGUCGAGCGGCGGAGGCAAAGCAACGGCGGCGGUUCAGAUCGGAGAAUACAUGGCCUUCGUCGCUAGGUCAAACUUGUCCUCAGAGCCCCGUGCCCGAAAGAGAAGCCCCUUGCUUAACUAA